AUGAGCGGCAGCGUCAAGUCGUCGUCGUCGCAGUCCGCGGGCUCGUUCGACUUCGACGUCCAGGACAGCGACCGCCGUCGGGAGGUCGUCGUCAAGAUCGACCCUGAUGGCGGCGCCUGCAGCGCUAGCAGCGCGCUUCCUGGGACGUCGUCCACCUCGCCCAGCAGCGCCGGCGACUCGUUCAGCUUCAAGAACAACCGCCCACAGCCGCACCCGGCCACGCCGAGCGCCGGGGCCGGGGAAUGCGGCGAUGGCGAUGACCCGGCGGGCCGCCUCAUCGGCAACUUCCUCCGGAAGCAGGCCGCCGCCGGCUGCGAGCUCUCCCUGGACCCGGACCUCGAGGUGGUCGAGGAGCCGAGGCAAUCCCGCCCCCCGCGCGCGCCCACGUCCUCCAUCUCCACUUCCCGGGAGCUCCGCGUCUCCUUCCAAGACCCCCAGAAUCGGAACAAUCCGGACACCGCCGAGGUGCUACGCUGCACGUCGACGUCGACCGGCGGGGCCUCCAACACGCUGUUCGCCCGCAGCAAGACGCGGUCCCGGCUCAUGGACCCGCCGCCGCCGUCCACGGCGAACGUCGAGGACCAGCGCAACGACCGCAAGUCGUUCGUGAUGAAGGGCCCGCCCAAGUCCGGGCAGCUGCGGUCGGGCCUGAUCGGGAAAUCCGGCCUGAUCGGCAUGUCAGGCCCCAUCGGCAAGUCCGGGGGCUCGUUCGACAACGACGACGACGACGACCCGUUCGUGGACGAGGGGCUGACCGCGGACCUGAAGCGCGAGACGGUGGACUGCCUCAUCAUCUUCGAGUGGAUCGGGCUGGUGGUCAUCGUGGCGCUGCUGGUCUGCAGCCUCACCAUCCCGAGCCUGUCCGGGGAGAAGCUCUCCGGGCUGCACCUCUGGAAGUGGGAGCUCCUGGUGCUGGUGCUCAUCUGCGGGCGGCUCGUGUCGGGGUGGAUCAUCCGCGUAGCCGUCUUCUUCGUGGAGCGCAACUUCAUGCUCAGGAAGAAGGUGCUCUACUUCGUCUACGGCGUGCGCCGGGCCGUCCGGAACGUGCUCUGGCUCGGCGUGGCGCUCGUGUCCUGGCACUUCCUCUUCGACAACGACGCCAAGCGGGAGAUGGAGACCCCCGUGCUGCCGUACGUCACCAAGGUGCUCUGCUGCCUGCUUGUGGCCACCGUGAUCCGGCUCGUCAAGACGCUGCUGCUCAAGGUGCUCGCCUCCUCCUUCCACGUCUCCACCUACUUCGACCGGAUCCAGGACGCGCUCUUCAACCAGUACGUCAUCGAGACGCUCUCUGGCCCGCCGCUGGUGGACGAGAGCCGUAUGAUCGCCGAGGUGCACAGGCUGCAGGGCGCGGCCGUGCCGGGCCAGGAAGCGGCGGCCAUGCCGGCUCCCGUGCCGCCCAAGGGCGCGCGCGCGGCGUCCAAGCGAGGAGGGCUCAGCAGCAAGCAGCUGCAGAGGCAGAAGACGGACCGGCAUAAUUUCGACGAAGGGAUCUCGAUUGACCAGCUUAACAGGCUCAGCCAGAAGAACAUCUCUGCGUGGAGCAUGAAGAGGAUGAUGAGGAUUGUCCGGUACGGGGCGCUGACCACCAUGGACGAGCAGAUCAAGCAUGCGACGGGCCAGGAGGACGAGCUGGCCACGCAGAUCCACAGUGAGCACGAGGCCAGGGUUGCUGCCAAGAGGAUCUUCCACAAUGUCGCUAAAACUGGAUCCAAGCACAUAUACUUGUCGGAUUUGAUGCGAUUCAUGAGGCAGGAGGAGGCUCUGAAAGCAAUGGAUCUCUUUGAAGGAGCGAAGGAGAACAACAGGGUCAGCAAGAGGUCACUCAAGAACUGGGUGGUGAACGCCUUCAGGGAGCGCAAAGCUUUGGCCCUGACACUAAACGACACCAAGACCGCGGUGAACACGCUCCACCAUAUGGCCAACGUCGUGGUGGCCCUCGUCGUGUUCGCGCUCUGGCUCCUCAUCCUGGAGAUCGCCACGACACGCUUCUUCGUCUUCCUCAGCUCGCAGCUCCUGGUCGCGGUCUUCAUGUUCGGCAACACGCUCAAGACCAUCUUCGAGGCGAUCGUGUUCCUGUUCGUGAUGCACCCUUUUGAUGUCGGCGACCGUUGCGAAGUCGAUGGAAUGCAGGUGGUCGUUGAGGAAAUGAACAUCAUGACGACGAUCUUCCUCAGAUUUGACAACCUCAAGAUUUACUAUCCAAACAGUGUUCUAGCUACAUUGCCCAUUAUGAAUUACUACCGGAGUCCUGAUAUGGGAGACGCGGUUGACUUCUCUGUUCAUGUUGCUACACCCGCGGAGAAACUAGCCCUCAUGAAGGAAAGGCUAUUGCAUUACCUCGACAACAAGAAAGAACAUUGGUACCCUGGUUCCAUGGUCGUCCUUCGUGACAUCGACGAUACAAACAGACUAAAGAUAUCAAUAUGGUGCCGCCACACGAUCAACUUCCAGGACAUGGGGAUGAGAUUCGAGAGGAGGGAGCUAAUUCUCCAAGAGAUGAUGAAGAUUCUCAGAGAUCUUGAUAUUGAAUACCGCAUGUUGCCACUCGACAUUAAUAUUCGAAAUGCACCUCCCAUCCAGUCCACUAGGAUGCCAACGACAUGGACAACACAUAUUUAAAAUGUGUGUACCGUGCAUGUUCAAUCGAAUGGUGAGAUCAUGUAUUCAAGAUUUAAGUUGCUAGGGUAGUAAUUUUGUAGGAAGUGUCAAUACGAAGUAUAUACUCAAGGAUGGGAUGAUUAUUCCCUUAGUUAUUUGCAUUAUGAUAGCUUGGCAUCGAGAAGGAAGAUGUGUACACUCGAAAAAUCCCUUUAGCCUCUAGAGGAAGGGCCCUGUGUGCGAUUGGUUAUGAUUUUUUUUCUCUACUCCCGCGCAGCCACCCAAAUCGGACACAAAAGUGUUUGUUUU